UCUUCUUCACCUGGAGAGAAUCUAGGGUUCCAGAUUUACUCUUCAUCUUCCUCUCUUCUGCCCUCUGAAAUUUCCUCUUUUUCCCCUUCUUCAUCUUCCCAUCGAUAUACCCAUCCUAGAUCUUCUAAAACGCCCUUUAUCUCUGUACAUUUCAAGGUACGGAGACAAACAAAAACCUAACUUUAUUCCGGCUUACCAGUUUUUUUGUUUGUUGAGAAAACCCUAGCUUCCAUGGCAAAAACACGACCUGGUGUCGCCUCGAAAAUUAAGCCUGGAAGGAAGGAGCUUGACUCUUAUACCAUCAAAGGCACCAACAAAGUUGUGAGAGUUGGAGAUUGUGUGUUGAUGCGCCCAUCAGAUGCUGGUAAACCACCAUAUGUGGCCCGUGUUGAGAAGAUCGAAGCAGAUGCCAGGAACAAUGUGAAGGUUCACUGUCGAUGGUAUUACCGCCCUGAGGAGUCCCUUGGUGGUAGGAGACAGUUCCAUGGAGCUAAAGAACUUUUCUUGUCUGACCAUUUUGAUGUUCAAAGCGCACACACCAUUGAGGGAAAAUGCAUUGUUCACACCUUCAAAAACUACACGAGGCUUGAAAACGUUGGGGCGGAGGACUAUUAUUGUAGAUUCGAGUACAAGGCUGCUACUGGCGCGUUUACCCCUGAUCGAGUUGCUGUGUACUGCAAAUGUGAAAUGCCUUAUAAUCCAGAUGAUCUCAUGGUCCAAUGCGAAGGCUGCAAAGACUGGUAUCAUCCUGCAUGUGUGGGCAUGACGAUUGAAGAAGCAAAGAAGCUUGAUCACUUUGUAUGUGCUGAAUGCAGUUCUGAUGACGAUGUCAAAAAAUCGCAGAACGGGUUUACUGCAUCUCCAGCUGAUGAUGUCAAGGUGGAAACGAAGCGCAGAAAAAGAUAAUCUCAGGGUUCUCAUGUGUAAAAGCCACAGGGGAAGAUAAGUUAUAACAUGGAAGCUCCUUGGUGCAGAUUUUAGUAAGUUAGGAUUUUGUCUUUGUCGCUGUGGUUGUGAUGAUGUCUGUAUGGUGCGUUUUCCAAAACUAAGAGAAAUGUGAAAAAGGAGAGAGAUCGGAGAGAUGAUGAAGACAAAUUAUGGUGGCAGCGUUAGUUGUAUAGACUUUUCCGUGGGGAUUAAGUUAAGUUUAGGUCUGUUUGUUAUGGUCUGUUGGUUUGUGUCUGAUGUGAACAGAGGGUGACGAACAUGAACAACGCUUUGACUUUGGGUCAUCUCAACAAAAUCUAACCUCA